GCAACCUUCCGUUGGAGCUGCAGCCAAAGCGGAUCCCUCCAACGUCCAACUGGCUUUCAUUCCAAGGCUAACCGAGAGCACCGGCGAUAGAUGGAUAGAAGCCACGACGGAGCUCUUCCUGAAUCUGAACGGUGAAGAGAAUGUCCCAGAAACCCUGGAUAGAAGUCACUUUCACCAAGAGGGAAUGUGUCUACAUACUUCCAGUGUCAAAGGACCCCCACAGAUGCCUUCCAGGAUGCCAGAUUUGCCAACAACUUGUGCGGUGCUGUUGUGGUCGGCUGGUGCGGCAGCACGCUGGCUUCACUGCCAGCUUGGCCACAAAGUACUCCGAUGUGAAGUUGGGUGAAAAUCCCAACCCGCCUAUGCCUGAGCUGGAGGAGUGGUCAGUGGAAAAGCACACAGAAGUGAGCCCCACUGAUGCUUAUGGCGUCAUCAACUUCCAGGGAGGGUCUCACUCCUACAGAGCCAAGUAUGUGCGUUUGUCUUAUGACUCGCGGCCUGAGAGCGUCCUGCGGCUCAUGCUGAAGGAAUGGCACAUGGAGCUCCCCAAGAUCCUCAUCUCUGUCCACGGAGGAGUUCAGAACUUUGAGCUGCACCCUCGCAUCAAACAGGUGGUGGGCAAGGGCCUCAUCAAAGCCGCAGUCACCACCGGGGCCUGGAUUCUGACUGGAGGGGUCAACACAGGUGUGGCGAAGCAUGUGGGAGAUGCGCUCAAAGAACACUGUUCAAGAUCAGCAAAGAAAAUUUGCACAAUUGGGAUUGCACCAUGGGGAGUCAUUGAAAACAGGAACGAUCUCAUUGGUAAAGAUAUAAUAGCUCCAUAUCAGACGCUGCUGAACCCGCUGAGCAAACUAAACGUUCUCAACAAUCUACAUUCCCAUUUCCUGCUGGUGGACGAUGGGACGGUGGGCAAGUAUGGAGCCGAGGUGAAACUGCGCCGGGAUCUGGAGAAGCACAUCAACCUGCAAAGAAUACACGCGCGAAUCGGUCAGGGUGUUCCCGUUGUGGCGCUGAUCUUCGAGGGCGGUCCCAACGUCAUCCUGACUGUUCUGGAGUACCUUCAGGAAACCCCUCCUGUGCCCGUGGUGGUGUGCGAGGGGACGGGUCGCGCUGCCGACAUACUGGCCUACGUCCACAAGCAGACGGAAGAGGGAGGUGGUCUCCCUGAUGGAGUUGAAACGGAUAUCAUAGCAACCAUCAAGAAGACCUUUAACUUCAGCCACAGCGAUGCCAUCCAUCUCUUCCAAAUGCUGAUGGAGUGCAUGAAGAGCAAAGAACUGAUCACUGUGUUUGACAUCAGCUCAGAGGAACAACAGGACAUCGAUGUAGCUAUCCUAAAGGCUUUACUCCAAGGUACAAACUCGUCCCCCUUCGAUCAGUUGGUCCUGACUCUAGCCUGGGACCGUGUAGACAUUGCCAAGAACCACGUGUUUGUGUAUGGACAGCAGCUAUUGGUGAGUUCCUUGGAGCAAGCCAUGCUGGAUGCACUUGUGAUGGACAGGGUGGACUUUGUCAAGCUGCUGAUAGAAAACGGUGUGAGCAUGCACCGUUUCCUCACAAUCAAUCGGCUGGAGGAGCUUUACAACACGAAACAAUCACCAAACAACCCAACUCUCCUUCAUCUGGUUAGAGAUGUUAAACAGAGUAAUCUGCCUCCCAACUACAAAAUCACUUUGAUUGAUGUUGGCCUGGUAAUUGAAUAUUUGAUGGGCGGGACUUACAGGUGCAACUACACCAGAAAACGCUUCAGAAUAAUUUACAACAAUCUCCAUGGCAGCAAUAGAAGGUCUGGGCGCCACGCAGCAGGUCCAGGUUCUCAUUUCAGGAAAAGUCACGAGGCUUUCAGCAUGCAAGCUGACAAGAAGGAGAAAACGCGGCACAACCACUUCAUCAAGACUGCACAGCCGUACAAACCCAAGGUGGACUCUUCUGCUGAGCAAAACAAGAAGAGAAGCAAAGAGGAGAUUGUGGACAUUGAUGACCCUGAGACCCGGCGUUUCCCCUACCCUUUCAACGAACUCCUCGUGUGGGCAGUGUUGAUGAAGAGGCAGAAAAUGUCUCUGUUCUUCUGGCAGCAUGGCGAAGAGAACAUGGCGAAGGCUUUGGUGGCCUGUAAACUCUGCCGCUCUAUGGGCUACGAGGCUAAGAAGAGCGACGUGGUGGACGACACCUCUGAUAAGCUAAAGGAUUACUCGAAUGAUUUUGGAACGCUGGCGGUGGACCUUCUGGAGCAAUCGUUCCGGCAGGAUGAAACGAUGGCCAUGAAGCUUCUUACCUACGAGCUGAAGAACUGGAGUAACUCCACCUGUUUGAAGUUGGCUGUGUCCUCCCACCUGCGUCCUUUUGUUGCUCAUACCUGCACUCAGAUGCUGCUGUCUGACAUGUGGAUGGGCCGCCUGAACAUGCGCAAGAACUCCUGGUACAAGGUGAUUCUGAGUAUCUUGGUGCCUCCUGCCAUCCUGCUUUUGGAGUACAAAUCCAAGGCUGAGAUGGCUCACAUCCCUCAAAGUCAGGAUGACCACCAGAUGACCAUGGAGGACAGCGAGCACAACUUCCAGAACCUGCAUGAAGACAUCCAAAUGGAUGUUUUUAAAGAGGCCAGGUCCCAUGACCACGUGGAGACAAAACACGACAUGGAGAUGCAUGUUCGGUCCCGAAAGCUGCCCCUGACCAGGAAAAUCUACGCCUUCUACCAUGCUCCCAUUGUCAAGUUCUGGUCCAACACGCUCUUCUACCUGGGCUUCUUGAUGUUGUACACAUAUGUUGUGCUGGUGAAAAUGAUUCAAGCUCCGUCUACUCAAGAGUGGGUGGUAAUCGUCUACAUCUUCACUUCUGCUAUUGAAAAAAUUCGAGAGAUGUUCAUGUCAGAAGCAGGGAAAAUAAGCCAGAAGAUAAAGGUGUGGUUCAGCGACUAUUUCAAUGUGUCUGACUUUCUGGCCAUUGUGACUUUCUUCAUCGGCUGCGGCUUGAGGCUAGCCGGAGGCGACGCCUUCCUCCCUGGAAGGAUAGUUUACUGUCUUAACAUCAUCUUUUGGUAUGUGCGCCUCCUGGAUAUACUGGCUGUCAACCAGCAAGCUGGGCCGUACGUCAUGAUGAUCGCUAAGAUGGUGGCUAACAUGUUUUACAUAGUGGUGAUAAUGCUUGUAGUCCUGCUGAGUUACGGAGUGCCAAGGAAAGCCAUUUUAUAUCCAAACGAGGAGCCCAGCUGGACUCUGGCCAGAGACGUGGUGUUUCAGCCGUACUGGAUGAUGUACGGGGAAGUGUAUGCCUAUGAGAUCGACGUGUGUGCCAACAACAGUGAGGACUCUGUUAAGCCACUAUGCGCUUCAGCAGGAGUGUGGCUCACUCCUUUCCUCCAAGCAGUCUACCUCUUUGUCCAAUACAUUCUCAUGGUCAACCUUCUAAUUGCCUUCUUCAACAAUGUAUAUAUGCAAGUGAAGUCCAUCUCCAAUCUGGUGUGGAAGUUUCAGCGUUACCAUUUCAUUAUGGCCUACCAUGAGAAGCCUGUCCUCCCUCCCCCCUUCAUCCUCCUGUGCCAUGUCUACUCCCUCUUCUGCAUGUGCAGGAAGAGGAAAAAGGAGAGCACCUACGGACCAAAGCUUUUUCUGACUGAAGAAGACCAAAAGAAGCUUCAUGAUUUUGAAGAGCAGUGCGUGGAGACAUACUUCCAUGAAAAGGAUGAUCAGUUUCACUCGGGCAGUGAGGAGCGCAUACGACUAACCUCACAAAGGGUUGAGGCCAUGUCUUUACAGCUGAAGGAGGUUGGGAACAAAGUGAACUUCAUAAAGCGCUCCUUGCACACGCUGGACUCGCAGAUCGGUCACCUGCAGGACCUUUCCGCUCUGACUGUGGACACUCUGAAGACUCUGGCGGCUCAGAGAGCGUCGGAGGCCACCAAGGUCCACACUCAGAUCACCCGAGAGCUCAGUCUGUCCAAGAACGUGGUCCCCAGCAUUGCCCCUGUGUCAACAGACUCCAAGUCCUCUGCUAUAGUCAAACACAGCGUGGGGGCCUACUUCGGGUCUUCUUUUCCUCAGACUGGAGGCAACAUUGCAGAUUCUCUCUUUGGGAUUGGUGCAGAAUUGGGGGCUGCAACAGAAAGCCGCAGGAGAGUAGCGCCCAGUUUUGGAGAAGAACAGGGGCUGGACCCCACAACAAACCUACCAGUGAGCCCAGAGAGGAAGGCCUUGUUUGGGCUUGAGUACCUUGCUGCAGAGGCUGGAUCCUCGGGCAGUGCUGUGUCCGGUGCCUUUGUCCACAGUGCUGGGGCCGUUUCCCCUCCAGAGCUGCGUCUGAGAGGCCACUCUCUCACUCACAAUAAGCUGAGCCGUCCACAAGAACUGCAUCUCUCCGAGUCGCCAUCCAGCCUGCCCAACGUCCCAUCCCAAGGUGCCCAGUUCCACAUCUCCAGCACCCCCUCCCAGCCCAGUGGCUCCAGUCACCCGGAACUUUCUUUGGCUGGACUUCACCAGCAACCCCUCCAGCGAGACAGCAGCUCUGUAGAGUUUGGGGCUUUUGUGGGACAUAAAGAAAGUUUGGACCUUCAGCAGCCUACGCCAAUAGAGACUUCAAGCAGACAGCAAAGUCCAGCCACGCAGACCAGAUCACAGUUACAGGCUCAGCCAGAAGGUCACAGUCAAAUGAGAGCCGUCAACUCGUACACCGGCUUCACAGAGUUUGACAGAAAACCAGCCUUUCUUCAUCCCGAUUCAACUCUGACUAAAAAGGACAGAAGUCGAGUUUCAGCUGAAGACAUCCGCAUCCAUGAAGACCCAAGAGCUGCAGUACUUGAAAGAGUUCAGGUCAAAUCGGCUCAAGCCAGCAAUAGAACCCCCGGGGAAGAAACACUAAACGUUGCAGCUGCAGUUUCCCUCUACGCACCGCGGCACUGUCACCUUGGAGUCAGGAAGGACUCUAUUGGCUCGCCAUUCAAGCCCAUGGAAAGCUACCAGUACUCUGCUGUGGAGCGCAACAACUUGAUGAGGCUGUCUCAGAGCAUCCCCUUCACCCCGGUGCCCCCCAGAGGGGAGCCGGUCACGGUGUACCGCCUGGAGGAGAGCUCGCCCAACAUCAUCAACAACAGCAUGUCUUCCUGGUCCCAGAGGGGCUUCUGUGCCAAAAUAGAGUUUCUCAGCAAGGAGGAGAUGGGUGGAGGCCUGAGACGGGCCCUCAAGGUGCUCUGCACUUGGUCUGAGUAUGACAUCCUGAAACCAGGACACCUGUAUAUAGUCAAGUCCUUCCUUCCUGAGGUGAUCCAGACGUGGCAGAGCAUCUAUAAGGAGGACACGGUCCUGCACCUUUGUCUCAGGGAAAUUCAGCAACAGCGAGCUGCGCAGAAGCUGACAUUUGCAUUUAACCAAAUCAGGCCGAAGACGAUCCCUUAUUCACCGAGGUUCCUGGAGGUGUUCUUGCUGUACUGCCACUCUGCCGGGCAGUGGUUCGCUAUAGAGGAGUGCAUCACCGGCGAGUUCCGAAAGUUCAACAACAACAACGGGGACGAGAUCGUGCCCACCAACCUCCUGGAGGAAACCAUGCUGGCCUUCAGCCACUGGACAUACGAGUACACCCGGGGGGAGCUGCUGGUGCUGGACCUGCAGGGUGUUGGGGAGAUUCUGACCGAUCCUUCGGUAAUAAAGAGCGGAGAGAAGGGAUCCUACGACAUGAUCUUUGGACCGGCCAACCUGGGAGACGACGCCAUCAGGAACUUCCGCGCCAAGCACCACUGCAACUCCUGCUGUCGGAAACUCAAACUUCCCGAUCUGAAGAGGAACGACUACACGCCUGACAAAGUGACGCUCCCUCAAGACGAUCCGCCAAACUCAGGGGGCGGAGUCAAAGAAUCCCGCCAGUCAAUGAGAUUGAUGCUGUGAUCAGAGGGACUGUAUGUGUGUUUUGUUUGGUUUUUUCCUGGGGGGGGAGGUUAUAUUUCAUUUAAAGCCAAGGAACAGGAGGGUACACCCAAUCAACUGGAACUGCAGUGUUUCCAUGGAAACCAGUGCAUGUCAAACAGACUCCAAUCCACAUGCUGUCAUCUGAACAGCUUGGCGUGGUCAGGUGAGCUGUGGACAGGUACAGCAUGGUUGUAGGAGGGCAUUUAUUAAGAUAUGUUGCCUUGUUCUAACACAAAAAAGAAAAAAAAGAACAAACCAAGUGCUUUGUCCAUCUGUUACAUCAGCUUCACAGAGAACAGCCUGCUGAGGCACUGCGGCCACACCGUUUUUAUAGACUUGUAUCUGAACUUCCUUUCUUAGCCGAUCAUGAUAUAAAUAUAUAUAUAUAUAUGAAUUUGAAAUCUUGUAAAAUAUGGGCAGAUUGCAAUGCAACUUUUACAGGAAAGUGUAUGUAAUUUUAUUGUAUUGGAAGUGUGUCCGCCACAAUAUUGCUGAUAGUUUUUAUUGUUACAGAGGUACUAAAGGUAUAUCUUUGUCAUCAACUGUUGUAUGAGCAAAUCACAAUCCAGUGUAUCUUAUAGAUACAGAUAUGUGGCAUGAGCUGAACAAAAUCAGGGGAACUGACCUAAACGUUAAGGAUAUUGCUGUAUACAUUUUGUACUGAAUAUCAUUUUAAACAAAUAAAAUGUUUCAAAAAUAAA